UGUCCACUUUGCAUCCGUCGUCCACAUCGCUCCUUCAGAGUGAGGAAAAGAGAUUUGUGGAAUCCUGGAGCCAGUGGAGCAAACAGCAGCAGCUCUGCUCAACCUCAGCGCCAACAUGUUGUACCUGGAGACGGGCUCCACCACGGCCUACAGUGAGUCGCAGUACACGAACCUGGGCCUGCUGAACAGCAUGGAUCAGAGCAUCCAGAACGGCGGCUCCACUUCCACCAGCCCCUACAACAACGAGCACACCCAGAACAACGUGACGGCGCCGUCACCCUACGCCCAGCCCAGCUCCACCUUCGACGCCCUCUCCCCGUCCCCCGCCAUCCCCUCCAACACAGACUACGCCGGGGGACACACCUUCGACGUGUCCUUCCAGCAGUCCAGCACCGCAAAGUCUGCCACCUGGACGUACUCAACAGAACUGAAGAAGUUGUACUGCCAGAUCGCCAAGACGUGUCCGAUCCAGAUCAAAGUCCUGACCAACCCCCCGCAGGGCGCCGUCAUCAGAGCCAUGCCCGUCUACAAGAAGGCGGAGCACGUGACGGAGGUGGUGAAGCGCUGCCCCAACCACGAGCUGAGCCGCGAGUUCAACGACGGUCAGAUCGCUCCUCCGAGCCACCUGAUCCGGGUGGAGGGGAACAACCACGCGCAGUACCUGGAGGACUCCAUCACCGGGAGGCAGAGCGUGUUUGUCCCAUACGAACCUCCACAGGUGGGGACAGAAUUCACCACAAUUUUGUACAACUUCAUGUGCAACUCGAGCUGCGUGGGGGGGAUGAACAGACGCCCGAUCCUCAUCAUCGUGACUCUGGAGACCCGAGAUGGUCAGGUGUUAGGCCGCCGCUGCUUCGAGGCCAGGAUCUGCGCCUGCCCGGGCCGAGACAGGAAGGCGGACGAGGACAGCAUCCGCAAGCAGCACGUGACGGACGCCUCCAAGAACGGCGACGCUUACCGCCAAGUUUCCCACGGCAUUCAGAUGUCCACCAUCAAGAAGAGGAGAUCCACAGACGAGGAGGUGUUCUGUUUGCCUAUCAAAGGCCGUGAAAUCUAUGAGAUUUUGGUAAAAAUCAAGGAGUCUCUGGAGCUGAUGCAGUAUCUGCCUCAACACACCAUCGAGUCGUACCGGCAGCAGCAGCAGAACCUCCUCCAGAAACAGACCUCCAUGCCCUCGCAGCAGUCGUACGGCUCCUGCUCCCCCCCCCACAAUAAAAUGAACAAGCUGCCGUCCGUCAGUCAGCUGAUCAACCCGCAGCAGAGGAACACCCUCACCCCCUCCGGCAUGAGCGGAGGCCUCACCGACAUGACUCCCAUGAUGAGCUCUCACAUCCCCAUGAACGACAUGAGUUCACUGAGCCCCACCCACGCCCUGCAGCCUCAGCUGCCCCUGGUGCCUUCCUCCCACUGCACCCCCCCUCCUCCUUACCCCAUGGACAGCAGCAUCUCCAGCUUCCUUAUUCGGCUGGGCUGCGCAGGCUGCCUGGACUACUUCACAGCACAAGGCCUAAGCAACAUCUACCAGAUUGAGAACUAUAACUUGGAGGACCUGUCCCGGAUGAAGAUCCCCGUCGAGUACCAGCACACCAUCUGGAAGGGCAUCAUGGAGCACCGGCAGGCCAUGGACUUCUCCCCACCCCCCCACAUAGUGCGCACCACCAGCGGGGCGUCCACUGUCAGCAUGGGCUCCUCCGAGGCGAGGGGGGAGCGCGUGAUCGACGCCGUGCGCUUCACCCUCCGCCAGACCAUCUCCUUCCCGCCGCGCGACGAGUGGUCCGACUUCUCCUUCGACCUGGACUCCCGCCGCAACAAACAGCAGCGCAUCAAGGAGGAGGGGGAGUGAGGCGUUCAAUCCGCCCCCAGCCCCCCCCCCCAAUCUCACCCCCACACCACCACGUCUGUCAUUUCACGCCUGCUGUUGGAACAUUCCUCUGGGUUCGAGUGGUGCAGGGAUGAAGUGAUUGAAAGUUACCAAACGGGUUCCCUCGCCUAAAAAGCGAUUCUUCCACUGGCUUUUGGACUGAAAAUAAUCUGUGGCAAACACACGGCUCUGAUACUUAUUGUUCAGCAGGAUAAUCUCCACUGAAUAACACCACUUUAAGAAUGUCUGAAGCAUAAAUGCAAUCUCCAGAGGUAAAAAGCUAACGUUAGGCUAUCAAGUGGCUCGGUCACAUGACAUCACGGCCAAGCAGAAUCAGAAUUGACUUUAUUGCCAGGUACGUUCACACAUACAAGGAAUCUUUCUGUGGUGAAAGUGCAAACAUAAACACAAUGAAUAUUUGUUUAUAAAGUUUAGCAUGCUGACAUUACGCACUCUCACUAGCCUCUUGUUAGCAUGCGGCCAUGAAUUCAUCCGUCGUAGAACAAAAAGGCUAAACAUCUUAAGCUUGUGUUUACCACAGACUUUAUUUGAGGCAAAAAGACGAGGGAACCUGAAAAUGCUGACUCAUUUCUGUGUCUUAAGACUCAUUCCUGCACCACUCUUAGUGCAAAAGCAAAGGAACAAAAAAUCACUGCACUUACUUUGCAUUGUUGUCGUUAGCUGCGAGGAAACAAACGCGGCGUUGAGCAAAAGGUGCAUUUUAUUAUGUUCUAAUUUCUUGAGAGCACUUAAGAAAUGCUGAGGAUUUCAGGCUUUAUUUUUUUGUGUUUUUUUUCAUUCCCAUUUAAGAGCUUGACUGGAAACCAAACUGGCAUUAGAGGGAUUAUACGGGCUUAUAUUUCUGCAGCAUCAAAGUGUAUUUGUUCUGUUUCUGGUUGUGCAGGUUAGACACUGGGUUUCAUUUUAAGUCAGCAUUGAUUGUAAACAUUUCAAACGUUUCCUGUCAGAAGUAUUAUGUCAAUUGAUGGGCGAUUUCGUGUUUCUGCUUCUAUAUUUUGCUUUUUUUAAUGUCUAUUGUGAGAUCAACGCAUCAGCUUUUUGUGAAGUAUGUGUUAAAGAGACGGGUGUAGCCACGUAUAGGCCUUAACGCUCUUGACCCAGUGUUUCUACUAUGACUGAUGUCCUUCUGACUUAAUGCAAACGUUCGCAUUAAACCGCUGUUUUUUCUACUUAUGAACCGAGUUUUGGUAGAGGUUUAUUCAUUUGGUAACUGGCCAAAACCUGAUAGAUGUAUAUAAAUUUGUAUAGUUAUUUUGUUUUUAUAAAGUCUCCCUUAAAAAACGAAUCAAACGAACAAUGAUGUGAAUAAAACUCAGCGAGAACAAAGUCUGGAUUAAUUCUCCGUCACCAGCCCUACUUUGUCUCAGUAGCCAGCAUUGUUAGAAAAAGCAGAGACCGUCUGCAUCUUUUUUUCAUGUUUUUGUACAAUGUGUUGUAAAUAUUAUGCAAUAUACCAAGGGUAUUCUGAUAUAAAUCUGAAAUAAAUAUCCAUACUUGCUGUAUCGCAUGUCCAAA